UUUUUAAAAAAUACCAGCCUCAGAUUAAUUAAGAACUGUGUGAGCUAUAAACCAAUUAAACGCUCCAAUAAGGAUAAUAUAAAGCCUGAAAACGCGCUAAGUACACCUUCUAAAAAAAAAGCUAACGUUAGCAUGCUAACAUAUAACAUUACAAUGGCUCUGCUAGUCUUAAGGCCUCAGUUUCAGUCGACAGUAUUCGAGUUAAAUUCGGAUUUAACGUCGAUAAAACUAUUGACUAAGAAAGUUAAACGUCGAAUGUAAGCUCUGAAAUUUAACUAUUCGAAUAUUUGAGCUUAAUGCUAAGUAGUUAACAGCUCGGUUAGCCUAACGGUUUAGCUUGCUAUUGAACCUCACAGGAGCUCCUAGCUAACUGCUAAUGUUAGCACGCUAACAUGUAGCCGGAACCUAUUUAAAACAGUGCAGUCCGUCGAGCUAAUGCUAAUGUCGUCAUGCUAAUAUUAGCCAGAGACUUCACUGAAGGGAAAAAUGACAUAAAUAUAACAUUUUGGAAAGCCUGGAUUACCUCUCCCACAAGACCAACACAAGAUCCAUUUGAUGCUGAUCUGGCUGGGAGAACAACACCCCCUCUCUGUGCUGUAAUGAAGUACAACAUGAAGGUUCCUGACUGCAGUCCUGACUCCUGACAGGUCUUUGUUUACAGCAGAGGGUGACAUUCCCCGGCAACUUCCCCUGAAUCCAACCCCUCCUUCACCGCCACCUCCUCCAGUAAACCUCCACCACCGCCGGCCCCUCCCACCGGAGCCGUAACCUCUCCUAAUCCCCCCCACCCUCGUUGCUGUGGAGACGGCUCAGACGAGCAGGUGAUGCAUUGACAGGGAGCAGAUGGUUCCCUGUGGAGGGACCUGUUUAUGUUUCUUUUGUUACCAAGGCGGUCUUGUGGGAUAGAGGACUCUGCAGCCACACCGCUCAUGAUCAUCCGCACCAUCGUCCUCUGUUGUGUCCUCGCUUCUUGUCUCACAUGAAGUCUCGUCCUGAGGACCUCAGACCUCCUCGCUUCCUGAGCUCCAGGUCCAGACUGCAGCCUCCGCCUACACAAACUCUCUCUGCCCUGAAGACCCAAACACUGGAGGGUAACUUCACACUCGACCUGGACAGGAAAAGAAAUAUGCAGAAUCAUGUCGCAGGAAGGCGCUCUGCUGUUAUCAUCCCCUGUGUUCCACUUCCUGCUCCUCCACCAUCAUCCACCAUUAAUCCAACACCUCCCCUCGUAAACACCCCUGACACACGCCAUCCAAACUCUGAGCCAGCAUCUCCUGCCUCCCCUCGUCCUGCUCCAGAGGAGGAAGAAGAAGAAGAAGAAGAAGAAGAAGAAGGAGAAGAAGAAGAAGAAGAAGAAGAAGAAGAGAGGGAGAAACCACCACAGCCUGCUCGGAUGUCCAUCACUGAGUCAGACUUGAAGCUGGAGUUUGAACCUGCAGAGUUUGAACCUGCUGGACCGGAUCCAUCCUCCCCUCCAGCCUCUGUGGUCUCCCAUGGGUCCCUCUCAGACUUCAGUCGACCUCCUUCCAGCAUGUUCAGCCGCAGCACUGACCUCGCCAGUGGCAGGAGCAGCAUCAUGUCUGACUUCAGGGACUCGGACCCAGAAGGCAGUGUUUGUUUAUCACCGCUCUGUCCUCGUUCAGUGAUGCAGUCACCUUCAGCUUUAACCAUGAGAGCUACGACUACCUCUCCUCUCUGUGAGCGACCGUCUAGGCCUGAUGAGCCCGAUGAGCCUCUUUCACCUCGCCUAACGUCAGGUGUCCUUCCUCAGCCGGAUGAACCGAGUGCAGAACUGACUGAGAGUCACCACCGAGCUGCUUCAACAGAUCCUGCUUUCAACCCAUGCACUGACUCCAACCCCGGCCUCACUGCCUUGGCUUUCCCCUCUGCUACCUGGUCCUCCUGCCCGAGCCCACAGAGGACGACUCCACCCAGACCAGACUCACGACAGAAGCUGACCCCGUCUGUAUCCCUGACUCCACUGGAGUCUCAUCGCUGGUCUGUCUUGCCUCCAAUCUCUCCAGUCAGAGGACGCUGUGCCACGGCGGCAUCGCGGUACUCUGAGCUCAGCUGCAGCCAGUCUCGUGUGUUUGAUGAACUGGAGGCCAUCGCACCUCGAUCCACAUCCUGCCCCUCUCUGGACCAGACAGACGACUCCUCCUGCUGCUCUUCACCUGAUACAGAGCUCUCGCCCGGCCUUGCAGCACUGACGGUGGGCUGUGACUCAGGGAACCUGGGUUCCAUCUCCCGGGUCCAGCUGCUCCUCCUCAACAGAAACGACCCUGACACGGCGCCGAGUCCCUUCACACAUGAUGACGACCUCUUUGAAGAGGAGGACUGGUCUGAUCUGAGGAUGGAAGAUGACCCAGAACUGACAUCAGCAGGUGUCUCGAGGCCCCUCACAGCUGGCAGCGACUCUGAAAGGUGUGACUCUGCAGGGAAAGUCCAGGAAAACAAAUCAGAUCUCUCUGACGGAGAAACCGGCUCACCGUCUUCUUGGAUCAUCGACCCGAGUCCAUCAUGUCACAUGUUCAGAUCUCCUCCCUGUUCCAGUGCGGGGGAAAACGGCCCCACAGGAGAGGAGUGCGGUUCUCCAGGAUGGAGGGGGUCCGGGAGUGUUGACCACAGCCGUGAAGAGAUGGAGAGAAGGAUGGAGGAGAGGAAAACAAAGGCACUGAGCAUGCUCUCCAAACUGCAGGAUGACACUCCUCGUCGGACGAAAAACAGCAGAGGUUGUUCCAACUUCGAGGAAUUCGACUUCUUGGCAAAGUACUGCAUCUUCAGUCAGGAGAAGCUGGCCGAGUACAAAAGAGCUUUUGAAGCAGAGGACAGUGAUGGUGACGGCUACAUCUCCUGCCUUCAGGUCCUCCUCGCUCUUAAAAACAUCCUCCCUGCAGAGCUGCUGUCUGAGGAAGAGGAGAUCUACGUUUACCGGAUCCUGGAGAUGGUGGACUUCAGGGUGACAGAUGGACUUGUGGACCUGAGGCUCUUUGCUGUGAUCGCCAGUCUAGCUCAGAAAAUCGCCACCAUGGAUGAGUUCAUGCGAUCAUUGAUCAGCGACAUGGACUUCCGCUCUCUAGAAGUGCGUCUCUUCAAAGCCAAGCAACUCUUCCUGUUCCUCCUGGAGGAGCAGCCGGGGGACGGCGGAUCUCAGCCGGGCAUCAUCAGCGCCGAGCAGCUGCUGCUGGAGCUGAAGGCCGGGGGGAUCCGGCUGGAGCAGGAGGCGGCCGUCCGGCUGGAGCUGCAGCGCAUUCCUCCCCUCGACCUGCUGGACUUCCUGGCCUACCUGCCCCUCUUCAUGAUCAUCCACAAGUCAGUCAUUUCCAACCCUCUCGACACCUCCAGUAACCUCUGACCUCUGACCCCGGGCUCAGGUGUCCAUAUUGAUACAUGUAGAGGAAAAGUGCAGCAUGCAUCUGCAGGACUUUGUAGUUUGGUCUCACAUUGUGGAUCUUGCAGCCAAAUUCCACCAGAAAUCCUCCGUCACAGCACCAGAUCUGAUAGGUUUCUAUUCUAGUCAAUGUGUUAACUUCCACUGGAUCCGCUCCGUUGUGUUCCGGCUGCAUCUCUGAUCCAGCAGGUCGGAGUCCUCCGGAUCAGAUACACAAGACUUCUAUUUGUGCCGGAUGCACAACGCAUCAAUCUCAACAGAGCAGCUGGAGCGGGACAGGAAGUCAGGUUUCACCAAAACAAAAUGAAAACAUCCGGUUAAUUUUCAGAAUAAAACACUCUGUGUUAUCACAGAUCGUAUUUACCUUAACUACAACAACAAACCAAAGUCAUGAUGAGCGGAGCCAGGCCUGGAGUCAACAGGUCAGAGGUUUUCAGAGGACCAGAAAGACAACAUGGAUGAGGAGAGGAGGAGGAGGAUUAGAGACGGACCAGACCCGGAUCUGGUGGAAGUCCCGUGUUACAGGUGUCUCUUCACACUCUGGUGCAAAAACAUGAGUUACUCUGAAACCUUCGCCGUGUGGCUGCUACGAUUUAACGUCCUCUUUAUGUGCACUCUUACACUAAACUAAGCCUGGUCUGUGUUGAAUGAAACUCCUCUUCAUAAAGGAAGACUUCAUGCAGGUUACAGUGACAGAUACGUUCAGCACAGUGGCCCCAAAUGACACCAAUUAGAGCCGCCUGUUGCUCUCUUUGAGCUUUAUUUGCAUCAACGCUUCACAGAACGUCUCGCAUGCGAUGAUUUACAUCCCGGCCUUUCAGAAACCAUGUCCUCAUUCAUACAGGGACCUAAACGAACUUUCAGGACUGCUUCACAAUCCUAAUCUUGGAUAUUUCAAACAGUUACCACAAAGAGAAAGAAGUAGAGAGAACACAGAAGGCUUUAAUAACUCCUCUGUUUGAGUCUGUGACGUUUCAGAGAGCAGUGAAGUGCUGUCUGUGGUCCUGAAAUAUGUUUCCUCUGCAGUGAAGUUUCACAAAGCCUUGAAUGCACCGCAGCACUCUUACAUUUCUUGCAUCAGAUCAAAUCUCUGAACGAGAGGAGGAGAAGGAGUUCAUGUACAUUUUCUGACGCAACAGCCUCGCAUUGUCCUGCAGUGAAAAACAGAAUACGAGCAGAGAUCCGCGCUCAGACUUUUGUCCUCUUCUAUCCAACUUAAUCAACACUGAUGAAUGAUAUUCAAUGAGAUAUUCAUCUAAUAUAGUUUGAGCCAUUGUUUCACCUCGGCUUUGCCAAUUAGACAUGGCCGUGCUCUCCUGCGGCUCGUACACGCUUGACAAACCGCCGAGGAGGGGGACAUAAUGGACUGUGACAGGCUGCAAAAGCAUGACUGUUAGACCGGGGACGUCCUGUAAGAAGCAUAUGUCCUCCUGGAACAACAGGACAAGACUGCAACCUCUUAUUAAACAUGAUUAUAAAAGUGCAUGAAAUACAUUUCUGCCUUUUCCUCUCUCAGCUGCAGAACCUCUUAAAGGAACAGUGGCGUUACAGUGAGACUCUUUAAAGCUCCAGUGAGGAGUUUUAUCUGGUGAUGAAACAGACUGAUGUUAACAGUGAUGCCUCUUUAUUACGUUACAAAGCAAACAGACUGAUCACUAAUAUACAGUAUGUGGAAACACUUGUUGCACAUGACAUAAGAGGUAUCACUUUGUCCACAGGGGGCGCCAAAUCAAUACAAACUUAAGGUUCCUCACAGGAGCUUUAAAGUCGUUCUAGUUGUUUCGUUUGAGGUCUGGAGGGCAAACUUUGUAUUUAUUCUGAAAGUUUCUGCUGCAUGUUCUUUAAAAUGAGGUAACAGUAACAGAUGUUUUUUUACUGGAUGAUGAAGACUUGUAGGAGUUUUGCACUUAGACUGAGGCUGCAGAUGAAAUCUCUCAACAACCAGCAGCCUCAGAUUGAUUCCCGGUCUCUGCAGGAUGUAGAGCAUGUCAUCCCCUUUUCCCCCUGCAUCUUCCCUCUCUCAUUAUUUACUUUCUUUAUCCUAAUAAAGCUGAAAAAUGAUGAAGAUGAUGGUAACUUUACUCUACAGAUGAAUUUGAGAAAGAUAUUAAUCUUUGUUUUGUCUUGAGAACCAGAGGGUCACCGACUCCAGUCCUGUCACAGACCAAAGCACGGCCGAGGCGCAUCCCAAAAGGUGGCACUAGCCUCUCUUAAAGUCUAACUGGCCAACCCAUAAUCCUCAGCUGUGAUUGGCCAGGCCUGUCAGAGGCUAUAUUUAUGUUAAAAUCAUCUCUUUGUCAAAAGUUAACGGUUGGUGUAUAUUUUCUUCUGUCAGUGCCUUUAGUUGAAACUUUGUACAAACAUCUUCUUUUCAAAUCCUGAAGAAUAAAGCGAAGAUUUCUGUGUCA